AUGAGCUGUGCCAACAUGAAAUUGUCAUGGAUGCUCCUAUCGUGCAAUGAAGGCUCCUUGGUUUUGCAUCUUCAUUACGUCGAGCUUGGGUGCAGGUGGCGGGCUAAAACCUUGGCUAUGAGAUGUAUAGAUGAUACUUCCUAUAAAGCAUUCAUCAAGCCUCAACUCGUGAUUGAUUUUGUUGCCGAGCUUCUUUGCAGACGCAUCUCCGAUGGCCCCAUAAAUUAUAUUGAACGCCUGAAGAUCGCGAAAGCUUUGCAUGGUAUAAAGGUUUAUGUCACACAUAGGGGCGAUGUGCGUAAGAAGUACCGUAUAUCUGGCCUUUCAUCAGAAGGGGCAAGCAAGCUAUCUUUUCCAGUUGGUGAUCAUGGAACUCAGAAGACAGUAAUGCAAUACUUCCAGGAGAAACAUGGCUAUGAUAUUCAGCAUUUUGUUUUGCCUUGCUUGCAAGUUGGUAAUCAGCAGAGGCCAAAUUACCUGCCAAUGGAGGUCUGUAAGAUAGCCGAGGGACAACACUACAGAGAACAGUUAAAUGAGGAACAGUUAUCUGCUCUUCGUGAAGUUACUUGCCAGCGCCCCAUAGAGAAGGAACUGGCCAUUUUACAGACUUCAAAAUUAUACAAUGCGGACCCAUAUACAAAGGAAUUUGGCAUAACUUUUUAUAACAAACUCACAACAGUUGAAGGUCGUGUGCUACCUCCUCCUUACAAAAUGGUCAAUGGAGGAGUAGUUAACACCUGGGCAUGCAUUAACUUUGCUUGGGAAGUCACAGAUGCUCAUGCUCUGAAUUUUUGUGAUGAGUUGGUGCUGAUGUGCAAUGUAUCCGGGAUGGACUUCAGGCCUGAACCUGUGCUCCCUGUAGCAGCUUAUGACCCUAAAUCCGUAGCACGGUCACUCAAGAAACACCAUAAACGUGUCAUGAACAUACUUGGACCACGGCGCCAAAAACUCGACCUGCUGAUUCUAAUAUUGCCUGACAAUAAUGGCACUCUUUAUGGUGACAUCAAAAGAAUAUUGGAGACAGAUAUUGGAGUGGUCUCUCAAUGUUGUCUUGCAAAACAUGUUUUUAUGCCAAAAAAACAGUAUUUUGCGAAUGUUGCCCUUAAAAUUAAUGUUAAGGCCGGAGGGAGAAAUACGGUACUUGUUAGUGCUUUGGAGAGGAAACUCCCCCGUAUUGGUAAAAUACCGACUAUCAUAUUUGGCGCUGAUGUUAGUCAUCCACAUCCUGGAGAAGGAUGUUCUAGUCCUUCCAUUGCAGCUGUUGUUGCUUCUCAAGACUGGCCUGAGAUUACCAAGUAUGCUGGAUUAGUCAGUCCACAAACCCAUCGGGAAGAAGUCAUAAAUAACCUUUUUAAUGAAGAAACUGGUGGAAUGAUCAAAGAGCACCUCAUUUCUUUCAGGAGGGCAACUGGAUGCAUACCUGGGAGAAUCAUAUUUUACAGGGAUGGUGUCAGCAAUGGACAGCUUAAUCAGGUUUUGGAUGUUGAACUUCCUGCCAUAAAAAAGGCCUGUGCAUCCCUGGACCCUUGCUAUAGCCCACGAGUUACCUUUGUUGUCGUUCAGAAACGUCAUCAUACCCGUCUGUUUUCUGAUAACUAUGAUGUUGUGAGUACAAUUUAUGGAAGUGGAAAUGUACUACCUGGUACAGUGAUUGAUAAAGAAGUAUGCCAUCCCACUGACUUUGAUUUUUAUUUGUGUAGCCAUGCUGUCACUAAGGGAGUGAGCCGACCUGUGCGUUAUCAUGUUCUGUGGGAUGAAAACAAGUUUACGGCUAACGCUUUGCAAACGCUCACAAACCACCUAUGCUACACGUAUGCGAGAUGCACCUCUUCUGUUUCAGUUGUGCCUCCUGUCUACUAUGCACAUCUUUUGGCUUCGCGGGGACGACUUUAUAUCAAACGAGGGCAUGAGGGAUCCUUUCCCGUUCUCAGUGAAAAUGUGAAAGGUGUUAUGUUUUUCUGCUAA